UCACUAUCAAAAAUAAAAUAACGAACAGCAAAUCAGCUGGGAGUACUGUCGGUAGUAGGAACGCAAUUUCAUGCUCCCUUUUCUUCCCGGACUGUUUUGUUUGUUGCCUCGCCUUUUUACGUUAUUUCCGCUAUUGUUUUAAAAUCCAAAGCAUGUGUAUUUUGCAUCUUUUACUUACUUUUUUAUAGACGUUUGUGAGAUGCAUUGGAUAUUUACUCGGAGUGAUUACGGACAUUGACAGCAAAAAGAAAUAAAUUAAGAAGCAAUAACACCAAUUUUAGGGACACUGGUCAUACUCAAAUCCCGUUAAUUUGAAGGAAAAGCAUUUGAAAAAAAUGAAGCUGAAAGAACUGGAAAGUUGUUUACAGCAGGUUGAUGUUUUUGAAGAACCCAAGUUGCUCCUGGAACAAUAUCCCACCAGACCCCACAUUGCAGCCUGCAUGCUGUAUACUAUCCACAACUCCUUUGAUGACAUUGAAAAUAAAUUGGUAGCAGAUCUGGGGUGUGGAUGUGGCGUCCUCAGUGUUGGAGCUGCAAUGCUAGAGGCAGGGUUUUGUGUUGGUUUUGACAUUGAUGAAGAUGCAUUAGAAAUAUGUAAAAGAAACAUGGAUGAAUUUGAGCUGAAAAAUAUCGAUGUGGUUCAGUGCGACGUGUGUUCUUUGGAGUCAGAUAGUGUCUCCAAGAGAUUUGACACAGUUAUCAUGAAUCCCCCAUUUGGAACCAAACACAAUAAAGGGAUGGAUAUGCAAUUUCUCAAGACUGCAUUCCACAUGGCAAGAACAGCAGUCUAUUCUCUUCACAAAACAUCAACACGUGAACACAUACUUAAGAAAGCAAAAGACUGGAAUGUUAAGAUGGAAAUCAUAGCAGAGCUUAGAUAUGACUUACCAGCCUCCUACAAAUUCCAUAAAAAGAAAUCGGUCGACAUAGAAGUAGACUUCAUACGCUUCUCCAUGAAAUGAAGACUGAAUAGGAGUGGAUUUAAAAAAAUAAAAAAAAUCACUAUUUCUCAGA